GUUUUCAAACACAAAUUCUUGACUUCACUUGAUAUUACUCCACUUCAGUUCUUUUUAUUUUCUUACUUUCUCUUGCUGCCGAUGAGGAGGCCGAGUGGAUUCCAGUAAUGGCGAAGUAUUUAAGCAGAGCUAAGGGUAUCAAUAUUGCAUUGGACAUAGUAGAAGAAGCCUUGAUUUCUUUGCAAGAAAAAGCAAAGCAACAGCCUAUACCUGUCAGAUCAAGCUCGGAUUCUCAUUGCAUUAGAAACAGUCCACAACCAUCGACUUCAGAUACACACCAUGAAACUUCUAAGAAAGUGAAAACAACUGGUGUGCUGAUUAAACGGCAACCACGAAGCAGGUCAAGGAACCUGAGAACUGGAAGCCAUCAUCCUAGCAGUAAGAGAAAGCUCAAAACAAAGAAAAAGCAAAACAUAUCAGUUCCCAAGACAGAUAAUCUAAAUGAAAAUCUGUCAAGUAGCAGUGAUGAUACCCCGAGAAGAUCAAGAUCACAGCAGCCACAUUCUUCUCAAGGGCCUCUGAGACCUAGAAGCAAAAGAAGCAAUGAGAAUAAUACCCAGAGACUGCCAUGCGAGUCAACUCAUCGCAGCAUCACUGAUAACUCGACUCAUAAUCCUGGGCCUAUAUACAGGUCGCCUAGGAGACAAGGCAGCAGAGCAAGUAGUCACAUAAUGGGAGAGACCUCUGGGGAUGAGAUUUUGCCAGGUAGAAAGUACAAGUCCACUAGGAGAUCCAACUCGAGGGGAUCUCACAGCAAGCACCAUCUGAGAGAAAGAGGCUCACGUGAAGAAGAGAGUGAUUCAGUAACCUCACACAAAGAGCCAAGGAGGACAAACAACAGAGAGAUCCUUACUUUAAGUUCUCGAGGGAAUUCAACUCUACAAAGUACCAAGCCAAAGAAUCAAACAGCCAGAUCACUAGCAACAGGCAAAGGAGCUGAUAAACCAAGUCAUCGUUAUGCUGCACCAACUCUCACUUCAAGACUGAGGACAGAAUUGUCAGAGCGUCGAGAAGCCGAAGAAAAGGAGAAUUUGAUACCCUUCAUUCCUUCUGGAUCAAAGAAUAAAAGUUUUCAUUUGGGCGUGAUCAUCCAAAAAGAGCUAGGACGCCUGAAAAACAUUCCACCAAAGGAAUUAGAGAAUGCUAUGACAACUCAGCAGUGCAAACCUAGUAACAAGAGCAGUACUUCUGGAAUGACAGAAGAGGCUGUUAAAUUGGCAAUGCAGAAUAUUGAAAAGGAAAUUACGGCUGUUACAAAGCAGAUCUCCAAGUAAAAAUCAAUUGUUUGUCUUUCAUUUAUGGUUUCAGACUGUGAUAAAGUGGUAACAAUUUUUGAAUGAGGGCUUAUGAAAGUGAGUGAGACUUGCAUUUAUAAUGGCAUGAUAACUUAUAUUUCACUAGAGUCUUUCCGCAGCAGUCAUCAAUUUAAAAAGGAGUUUGUUGUUAAGAAAUUGCUUUCAGAGAAUAUUGAUAUAAUACUAUUGAAUAAUUGAAUAUAUCUGAAUAGUUGUUACUUAUUAGUAAUAGAUUCUCUGCUGUGAUAUUAUGUGUAGUACCUGUUCUUGAAUUUAGUUUGAUAUAUUAAUGACUAUUACUAAAGAUUUUUGUCAAAUUUUGAUACACUUUGGGCAACCCAUUAACAAGGGGUAAAGUCAGAGAAGGACAGGCAUGAAUUCACCGCUUUGCACCUGGACAGUUGUCUAACUCAAGGUAGAGCGUGCAUGAUCACAUCCCAACUCUUGUAAAAUCAUCCAGCGUGUGUGAUUAUUCACAUUACAUGAUAUCAUGUCAUCCGAUAUUUUUUUUUUCAGCUUAUUCCAACAUUUAGUCUCCAAUUAUUCUUUAGAUAUUAUGCCUCAAAAUGAUUUGCAGUUUUUAACAAUUUUAGUCUUAAAGCGUUGCCUCAAGAAAUACAAAUGCAUGUAUAUAUUUACAUGUGAUAAGUAGGUGGGAGUUGGUCCAUAUUUUUACAU